CAGUUGUUGGAGCUGGGUCAGUUGUGUGGAUUAAUGCCGGAUACAAAAUCUGGGCCCUCGAGCCAGCAGUUGCACAUCGUUGUUAGUUUAAUUGGAGGGAUUUCCGAUGAGGAUUCCUUCGAGAGCAACAGUCCACCUUCUCAGCGAUUAUCUCCGCAAGACCGCUUGAAAGAAGCCAUCUCAUCAAAAGAAGGAUUCCAACGUCAUUACCUGGAAUUAUGCGAAUUAGCCAUGGGAACUUACAAGCACGUGGGUCGACUUCGUGCUGCUCGAGAAAUCGGACUCGAUUUGGCGAAUUUUUAUCUGCUGAUGAAACAACCUGCUCGAGCGAUGCCCUUUUUUGUGGAAGCAUGUUCUGGCUAUUCGAGGGAAGGUUGGCACAGACUGUCUACAGAUGCGAGACUCAAAGUAGCUGUUUGUGCAAAAGCCGUUGGGGAUUAUCCCAGAUAUUUGAAGACUUUGGUGCUGCUGGCAUGCAGUUCAACGCUGAAUGAAGAAGAGAGAUUGCGCUUUCAGAAAGAGAUUUUGUCAGUAUUGCCGAAAGUUUCAGUAGAUGAUGAAGUAAGUGUGAAAGCCGGUGACGUUCUGGAAGUGGAAAGUCUCAAAAUUUUGCACGAAUUCUGCCGGGACGGACGCGAGGACAAAUUCGGCGGGAAACUCGUGGCCGAUUCCGAAGCUCGUGCAGAAAUGAUGUUGCGUACGAGAUUCCCUGCCCCGUUGGUUGCCGACAAGGUUGUGCUGAAAUUGAGGCAUCGCGGGACGAUGGCUUCUGAAAAUACGAGGUCGGGUCACGCGAGUGCCGAAAAGCAUGGUCAUCCUGCUUUUGGGCGGGAGAGAAAAGGGAGUCAUUCGAGUCCAAAUCAAAGUCCUGCGACUUCCUUGACACCUGGGUCAGGGGAUGUGGAUCAAGAAGAAAAUUGGAUGGGACGGGUAUCGUUGGAAACAUUCCAAUUGAAUAUGGUGGAAAACUUCGAAUACAAGUUGGACAAAACUAUUUCAGUUGCCGGUGUAGGAUGCCAAAAUUUCCAGCGUUUGAUUAAAAGAAAGGACACCAUAUCCCCGAAAGCCCGUCUGACGUCAACCUCGUCGAAUCCGUUACCCGAGCAAGACAUCUCCGAACUGGAGUCGUCCACUGUGAAAUUCGUACCCGGAAAGUCGACCUACGUUCUCGUGUCUGCCAAACUGGGCAGCAAGGGACGUUACGUGGGCUACGAAAUAGUUGUCAGUUUGUUUUCCGGCAAACUCCGACUAGUGUACGCUCCUAGUUUUCCGUUCGUCAGUUUCUCGGUGUUCAGUGAGCCGGCUUCCGUGACUGUGGCUCCCGCGACUCGGGAUCUGAUGGCCGGAUUGGAGGAAACAUUUUGCGUGCUGGGGGAAAAAAUCGUGCUGAAACCCACCCGAGGCUUGGAACUUCGACUGCCUUCUCAGACGAAGUUCUCUGAUGGUGUUACACUCGAACUUCCGGGAAUGAAGCCGUUCUGCGAAGCACAGUUUGAAGUGAAAGCCUUCUGCUGCUUGAAUUCUUCCGGACGCGAAGGAACGCUAUCCAUUCCUCAUAAAAUUGCGGUUGACGCGAAAUGGUCAGAGCCGUGCGACGACCUGGAACUCUUCUUCGACCGUCCUUUUUCCUUCGAACACCGGAUCCUGACUGCGUGCGACAAGAAGUUUGUGCGUGUGGGUCUGCGUGCCACGCGCGAUGUGAUGUUUGCCGUGUCCCGUCAUUCCCUCAAAGUGAUGAGCGGCAGUCCGGGGUUGCAGGACUGUCUACGAAUGUUGAACCCUGUGGCCGAGGUUCUCAAGGUAACCAAGGAUUUUGGUGCCAAUUACGUGUGGGAACUGGACCUGAGUCGGGCGAGUGGCAACGCGAUCGGGUCCAAGUUGGUGCUGGAGUUUUCUGCCGAUUUCCGGCUGGACUCGGAAUCCGGACAGUCCAAGAGAUGUGAUCAUGUUUUCGAGUUGACUAAUUUUAGGACCUUGUAUGCUGUGAGAUCGGUUGUGGAGCCAGUGAAAGGAUCCGAAUUCUGCCGUGCCGGUGCCAUGUGCGUGAUGAACGUGCACAUACACCCAUUAUUCGAUCCCGGUCAUCAGCAGCAGAAAAGCAGCAACAACAACGACAGUAACCCGGACCCACCUCGAAAUCUAAUGUACGAGAUCCUCAUGGACCCCGGGUCUUGGGCUCCCAAUGGCCGCACGUCCAACGUGGUCACCUUUGACGCCACCCGACGCGACUUCGACGCCUCUGUGGAACUGAUGCCUUUGCGUGGUGGAUCCCACGCGUUGCCCACUGUGCGUGUGUCCAAGUAUACUAGUGACGGAGUGGCGCAUGCGAGAGUGGAGCCGUUUGCUGUGGGCCAGGUGUACGACUUCAGUAGAGGUGCGACGGUGCAGGUGCUGCCACCUGCGGCGCAUCACAGGCAACCUUCUGGGUCUAACUCGGCACACUCGAGUUUGGAGGCGUUUGGGUGAUUUGAUUGGUUUAUAGCAGAUUGGAUGAAGAGGGAUGGGGGGAUUUAAUGAGAAAAGGCGCCUUUUGGGUUGGAAAUACAAUUUUAUUUGCAUUGCGAAUA